AUGGCACUCCAACAAGCUCGGCAGGGAGAGAAAGAAGAGAAGGAGAAAAGGAAGUACGACGCGACAAAGGAGCUUCGAGUGACGGACUGCCGAAGAGCAAAGUCUGGCUCCACUACAACAACCACCAUCGAGCACCAUCAAUCGCCACCUCCACAACUAUUGUUGGCCACAGACCACCGUUGUCCAUCGCCACUACCACCGUUGGCCACCUCUACCUUAUCCUCUACUACAACAACCUCUUCUACCACCUCCACAACCAACGUCAGCCACCGAUCAUCAUCGUUCAUGGGCCACCUCACCUCCACCAUAACCACCACUGUUAGCUACCACUUCCACCACACACCACCACCACCGUCGACGACCACCAUCAGCUACUACUACUACUACUAUCUUCCAUCUUCAUGUUAUCCACAACCACCGUCAGCCACCAACCACCACCGUCCAUUCUCCAUCACCAUUGGUACUGUCGGCCACCACCACCUCCACCUCCACCUCCAUCAUAACCAGUAUCACCUUCACUUCCACCAUAACCACCACCACUAUCGACAACCACCACUACUAUCUUCAUAUCACUCACAACUACCUCCUCCACCAUUGUCGACUGCCACCACCAUCUUCACGUCCUCUACAGCCACCAUCGCCCACCAAUCACCAAUGUCUCUACCUCCACAACCAUUGUUGUUGCAAUAA